CAGAUCGAAAAAAAAAAGAAACAAGAGAGGAAGAGUCUUGCCCUUAUCGGAACUUCUUUUAAAAUUCGUCGUAGAAACAAACAGAAUCGCUUUUCCUUCCCGGGCGGUUUGAGCGAGCCAUCGAUUCCCUUGUCCGUGCCGUGCGUUGUGCUCAGUCCUUGCGUGUUGUGUGCCCCGGAAGUUUCGCCGGAGGAGUUUAUUGUCCUUUUUCUUUUUGUUCCGUGGUGCGCGCAGGUUGACCCGUCUACCCGCGUUCCCACCGCCCGAAAAUCCGUCAAAAUAAAGCCCCAGGUGGUCGAAGUCCAACUGGGCUUGCCUCAGCAGGAUCCGGAACAGCUGCAGGCGGCGGGGGACGUGGACGACCGUAGAACGGACCGCGAGGAAAGUGCGCCGUCCUCCCCGGAGACUUCGUCCUCGUCUGCUUCCGGGGGCGUUCCGCCACCGCUGGUCGACCACAUUCGGUCCCAGCAGCAGCAACCGGAUCAGCAGGGUUGCGCCUCGUCGUCGUACAAUCAUCAGCAGGAAGUCGACGUGGCCACCGGGGAAGGCUGCGGCGAGGAAGAGGAGGAGGAGGAGGAGGGACCGCUAGUGAACGAGCAGGAAGUGCUUACGAAGGGACCAGUUCCGGAGGACGAGGUGCUGGUGGUCAUAGCGGAAGAGGCACCUCCGUUCAAGGUCACCUUCGAGGAGGAGAAAGCGGCUUCGAACGGGGCUGGUCAGCAGCAGCAGGAGGAGGAACAGGGAGAACCGUCUUCGUCGUCGUCGUCAUCGUCGUCGGCACAGGAGACCAGCUCGGUCAACAACAUGCCAGUCAAAGUAGAUAUCGUGCCUCCCCCGCCAAACAAUUCCAAGCAGCUCGGAGUGACCAAAUCGCUGCUUUACAAUGGAUCCAAAUUUCGGGGCUUCCAAAAGUCCAAGGGGAACUCGUACGAGGUGGAGGUCGUGCUGCAGCACGUCGACGAGGCCAACUCGUUCCUGUGCGGCUACCUCAAGAUCACCGGCCUCACGUUCGAGUUCCCGACGCUGACGACGUUCUUCGACGGCGAGAUCAUCUCGAAAAAGUACCCCUUCCUGACGCGCAAGUGGGACGCCGACGAGGACGUCGACCGGAAGCACUUUGGCAAAUUUGCAGCCUUUGUCGACUACCAGAAGAACUUCAACUCGGACGACUUCGACUACGACGAGCUGCAGAAGAGCGACUACGUGUUUAUGCGAUGGAAAGAGCACUUUUUGGUACCUGACCACAAGAUUAAGGACAUCAACGGAGCGUCGUUUGCAGGAUUCUAUUAUAUUUGCUUCCAAAAGUCGCGGGCGGUUAUGGAAGGCUACUACUACCACAGAUCCUCGGAAUGGUACCAAUCGUUAACGCUGGAGCAUGUUCCAGAGUCGUGCAUUCAGAUUUACGAGUUUAGAUAAAUCUGCUGCUUACUUAAAAAAAAAAUAAAAAAAAAAAGAUUCUAAUAAAACAAUCGAAACUAAAGUUUUGCUUGUUGAUUAACCUACACAUAGAAUCGUGCGUUAUCAGCUAUUGUUGAAAAUGUUGAAGAAAAAACACACAAAACAUACAAACAUACACGAGCGCCGCGCUGAAAAACACUUUUAUUUAUAAUGGGACAAAUCAUUAGCGUGCGUCGCGAGCUUGGAGCAAUUUUUAUCCUCGUUUACUCUAACAAAAUAAAAUGCUACAAUCUAAUAGGACAGUAAAAUGAAACCAACAAAUCUUAACUGAGUUCUCUGUAGGAGGAAACGCUAGCGUCACUUACACACAGAAACACCCACACACAAACACAUAUUAAUGCGACGAUAAUAAUUUUAUAUUGCGCCUCGAACAUUAUGACACGUAAGCAAAAAAAAACUAGUUUCAAGCUACUCGUAGCAAGUUAUAGUCAACCUUUUCGGCGAGUCUAACGAAAUUCAAAUUUUGACGAACGAAACGAAAAGAUUACAAUUACAACCCCCUACUUAUAAUUUUGAGAGUAAUGUUAUCCAAUAAACGAUAUAAACAGCCCGCAUAAAUAAAAGUUCUUGGAAGAAAAUCCAAUCUAAAUGCCAUUUCGCCACACGGUCCCAACCCCAAUUCGCGUGUGAAUUAUUUAAAACUUAUGUCCCAACUCAAGUAAAAUAAAAGCAAAUCGACGAAACGAAUAAGAGUGACAAACCACAAAGUAGGAAUAGCAUGUUCGCGCAAGCAAAACCCCCUUUAAAGAAAAAAAAACUAAUAUUUCGAAAAAAAUAAAUAAAAUUAAACACCCUCUUUGAUGUUGUACGUGAGAGGGCGCAGCUCGCUAGGCUAAAGUUAAAGCUGGGAGGGCGAACAGAACAGGGGGACCUGCGUAUAGGGUAUUUUGUAAGCGAGCGAGCGAACGCGCAACACGCGUUCUUGGAGGAGACUAUUUUUCGAGAUGCUGUAAUGAUAUUACUAGACACGUAUUGUAAUAACACUGUACUACUCUCUCUCUCUCUCUAUCUGUCACACAUCGCGCCCCCUUGCCUCUUUGGAAGCAAAACUUGGGUCAUGAAUCGUAUGAAUUAUAUAUACAUACUUAUAUUUUCAAUAAAAAGCGGGAUCGCGACAAAAGAAACGCGAG